AUGAAGCUGUAUGACAAAGAGGAGCUCAACAGAAAGGUGAAUGGGAAAGGCAUAACCUUAACAGAGGGAGAUGGUCAUCCAACACUUUGGUUUAUUAUGGAAUCGGUGCUGUUCAUGCAUGCAAGUGGGGUUUGGGUUGGUUUUUUUUGGUUUUUAUUUAUUUAUUUGCAGCAUCCACCUGAUAUUGUCCUCACCUAAAGGCCAAGCUGCGGUUUUCCCCAUUUAAUCAGGAUUUAGCAUUUCCAUUGCUGUUGUUGUUUUGUUUUGUUUUUUGCUGCUGUUUUGAGACUUGCUGGGAUUUCUGUGCAAAUGGUAAACUCAGAUUAAAUGGGGAAAUAAGGAGUGGCAGCGUUUUCAUGAAGACAGCGUUGUGUGGUUGUUGCGUAAAACUUGCAUGCACCUUCAUUUCAUGCCUUCUGUAACAACCAUGUUCUUUAUAAAUAUAUCGUGGCAAUUUUCCAUGGUGAGGUGGGCAGCUGCAACGGUCAGCUACCUCCGCUUGUAUGAGUAUGGCUUGAUAUAGUAUAUUGGUGCAAUAUUUGUGCUCUGCUGUUUCUCUACACUUGGUUGAUGUUAUAUUGUUAGUGGAAAACAAUAACAGUUCUUUUUACAAAAUAAAACUUGUAUGCGUGAGCAGUGUUCAAAACUCCCAUUGUUCUGGGCGCAUUUUGCGACAGGGAAGUUCAUUAGCGUUUCUGAGCUCUGGGUACAGUACUGCGUCUAAGAUUUCAGAUUAAAACUGCACAGUGGAAGAAAAGGAGGACCUUUUUCUGCCUCCUCACUUCCAGCUACUGUCUGUCGACUGGAGAAGAGACCAUCUUAAGAAUAUUAGGGGGGUGGGCAGGAGAAGGACUAGACCAUGUGAAAAAUGAACUUAAUAUUUUAACCGCAGUUCAUUCAUUUUCAGGUUUGUAAGCGCACCUAGACAUUCCGUUGUUGUGCCCAUAACCUAGGUUUAAGGUGCCAUUUAGCUCCUAGCUUUUAUAUCUCAGUUUCUCAUGCUGUUCUUGAGCAGCACCAAGUCCAUGGGAAACUGCCACACAGAGGCACCCUAAAUUGUUGCUGUGUUUGCAUUGUUUCUGGUGGAAGAAUCUUGAGCAAGCGUUAAGCUCUGCUGUCAAGCGAGAGAUAAAAUAACUUGCUGUGACAUUUUAACAUUGUGAUGUCAACAGUUCGUUAUCUUACAACUGAAUCCCUAAACACAUUUAUUAGAAGGAAAGCUCUAUUGUACACAGUGGGAUUUACUUCUGAGGAAACAUGCACUUGUACCAUCUUGUUGAUGCAACAACUAUGUCUUGGAAAUCAUGAGAGUCUAAUUAAUGGAGUUGGUAAUUCUAAAGGCAUAGCUGCUGCCUUCAACACAGAAACACACAUUAAUAAAGCAGAAUUCCACAACUAUUUCUGUUACUGUAUAUUUGCAGAAGGUGCACCCACGUUGCUUCUUCCCAUUAAUGCUGUAAAGAAACUCAAAAGUGUGCCUUCAAGGCCAUCCACAUGUUGUGCUCCUGUAAUGGUCAAGUGUAUUGGUGGUAUUGAAUUUAGUAGCAGAACAUUUGCAUUUUCUCAGUUUCUUUUCCCUUUUGUUGCAGAUUAAAGAGCAAAAAGUUGUAGUUGAUGAAGUUUCCAACUUGAAGAAGAACCGGGUAAUUCCUUUUGAUAAAUUAUAACUAACUAUAUAGGAGGAAACCUAGGGAGCUUUGAAAAUGUGGCGUCCAGAUUUGCACAUAACUGCAGCAGUGCACAGAGUAAACUGAGUUGUGAUAGCUUUCGUACCUUCCACUUUUGUUCUGAAAGAUAUCUGCAAUGUAUUAGGUACAUGCAAAGCAGCAACUACUUCAUGGGUCCCUAGAAAUGUCGAAACAGGAAAUUUAAUCACACAUGCAUCCUUUGUGCCCGCUGAAUGAGUGGGAUCCUAAUCAAUGAAAACCAUGACACGCUACUCUUGUGUCAAAGCUUUGUAAAAAAAAUUAAGAUAAACCUGCUUAUAGACUUCUCUAAUCUAGUAAGAUACCCCCUCCCUGAAAAAUGGUAGAGAAAUAAUGUGAUUUCUGAAUUUUUUUAAAAAAAUAAAUAAAUUGUAAAUUAAGACCAAAAUUCAAAAACAGUAACAAAAACCUCAGAAAUAAGAACACUUAUUUUUCCCCCAGUGUAGUUAAACCUACUUGUUUUCUUCUUGUUUUGCAGAAAGUUUACAGGCAGCAGCCCAACAGCAACAUAUUUUUUCUAGCAGACAGAACCCAAACACUAUCCGAAUGCAAAAGUAUGUUCCUUGGCUCUCUUAAUUUUUUAUUUGUGAUUGGAUGUAGAGAAGCUGCGUGAUGUUACAUAGUACGGAUUUUACAUGGUAUUACACUUGUACAGAUAGCGUUCCUUUAUAUAUGCCCAAUUAUGUCCUUAAUAUAAGUAAUCAUCACCAUCAUUAGAAUGUAGGCAACCAUCCAGAAAAUCUUUAUGAUGAUUAGUGCUAUGGGGCCUGUGUUUCAUGAACCAGUUAGGAAUUUUUGGUCCUUGGACCCAUAUAAAGUGUGUCGUGUGAUGGUGGGAGGCAUAUCACUAGUCUGAAAAUAGCCAAGGAUAGAUCAAUCGAUCGAUAGAUGAGGAAGCUCAGGUUUACUGAGGAUCAAAGUUGUAUAUUUACAGGGUUUCUGAUAUUAAGAUGGAAAGAAGAUUGAAAUAUUCUCCAUACGUGGCUGAGAUUAAGGUAAAAUCAAUUAGAAUGAUGUUUAAAAGGUAGACUUAAGAAGCUAGCUUAGCUCAACAAAAUAUACAGGGUGAAUUAAUGGAUGGGUUUUGUUAUAAAAUGUAAGUUCUCAUAUAAAAGAAGCUAUUGUCUUCAUAUCAGUUUUUAGCAUGGGGGUGUGAUCAUAAAUCAUCUGAAAGGAGUUCAUUACUGUAAUACAGAAAUAUCGGUAUUUGGAAUAUAGCAGGCUCAGAUACUACUGUUGCUAAAUUUUACAGAAGUGAAAUUAAACAGCUAUAUCUGGUGGAAAAAAAUAUGCUAUGUGAUACAAGUUCCUGUUUUCCUAUCCUCUUUUUUUUAUUCAUACCUUCACCAUGUGUUCAAAAGAGUUCUGUAACCCACAGCUCUCAAUUUUCAGGUUCUGGUGUAGAUGCCCAUGAGAAUACUAGCAGAAUGAGUCUUCUGUUGCGACUAUUGUGUUACCUUCCCUGCUGUUAGCUGGGACAUAGAUUACAUAUUGGCACCCCCCCCCCCCAUUUCCUGCUCCUUCCCAGUCCAUUUGAUUGGAGGAGUUGUUCCCCUACUUGUUAUUGCAGAUUUCUGGAUCGUGGACGCAGUUUAAAGUGUUCGUUUUAAAUUUGGCAAUAAUUGGACUUCUAGAGCAUGCAGUUAUGGACUGUUUAGAAUACUUUAUAACGCUUUUAUUUUGCAGUUUUUAACUGAUGUGCUAAAUACAGGUUUUCCUCUCUUUUUUACAGACACAUUAGAUGAACUGAAGAAGGCACAUCAGGAAAUGGAGAAUUCGGAGAAAGUCAAAAUCAAGAAAUAA